AUGUUGUCUUGUAACUUUGCAUAUUAUUCAUGGAUCUUACUUCUAUGUAGCAAUUAUAUACUUAGUUCUUUUGCCGAGGACGCAACUAUUUUGUCUGAAGAAGACUCCACGCUCUUACCUUCUGUAACAAAUGAAGACGAUAGAUUCAAGGGAUCCCCAGCUGUUGGUGUCUUGGUAGCCCUUAGUAAACCUCCAUAUGGUCUUUACUCUGGACGUCGUGAAAUAAACUUGCCCGUCGGAAAAAUCUCAUCCCUUGUGGCUUCCUUGGCUAAUACCAACCCGACAAACGGUGAACAAUUUAAACUAGAUUUUAUAGAAGGAGCACUUCACUAUCCUAUGUACUAUGACUAUCACAUUCAGAACUUUACCAAGCAACGCCUCCAUGAGACAUUAGAGCCCGGUCAAGAGACUUCCCUUUAUUACAGAUUCAAACCCGCUCCUGAAUUAGCUGGUCGAUCUUUUGACCUGUCUAUUGUUGUCUACUAUCAUGACAAUAAUGACAUUUAUUAUGCUCAUAAGUUAUUUAAUCAAACUGUUAACUUGUUUGAAAUCGAAGAAGGUGUAGACACUGAAUUGAUUUUCUUGGUUAUCUUAGUAAUUGCCUUGAGUAUAGCAAUUCUAAUUGGUAUAUGGCACUGGUUCACCUCAAUCGCUCAAAAACGACAGCCAGCCAAAAAGUCUUCAAAAGUGGUCGAAAAUGAUGGUGAAAAUGCAGUCGAGAACGAAUACCUGGCACUAAUAAAAAACAAGCCUCAAAUUAAAAAAGAUCGCUCUGACCAAAUAAUUCGUCGGCACCAGGGUAGACGCUAA